AUGGAGUCGGUUACCGCCUUAUUGGCUGUUUGGAGGUAUAUUGGCCUGCUAAAUCGCAAGGCCUCGGCUACUGCGACUGUGGCGGUGCGCGCAAAUCCACCUAACGGCACACUCAUCGCUGAUUGGCUGUCCGAGGGGUUUAAAGAAUCGUUCGCGUCCACCGCUGUUACACAGUUGCCUCCUUCGCUCACCGUCACAACAGCACUUUCCAUUCACACCGCCUUCAGCACCGACUUCAUCUCUCCCACCGUCUCCACCAUCACAGACUACUACACACACUCAGAAGGUCUUAUCACUCACGUGAACAUUGCACACCCAGGCAUACUACCAUCGCUGGUGGAUUUGACGCUGAAAGUCCCUUCCAAUGGUUUGGACUAUUGGAUUGCCCUUUGGGAGAUCUCUCCAACUCCUCUUGACCCUUCUUCUCACCGUCGCAUGGCUCCUCCCCAGUGGAACAGGUGCAAUUCAGUGGCUGUAAGUCCCCUCAAUCGUUUUUUUGUCUGCUUUCUUCCAUCACCAACACCACCAUCGUUUUUUCGUCCCCUUCGACUUGGGUGCCUAGCCGACCAGACAUCAUUGACAAUCAUCGAUCAUUUUGAUGAAGGCUUGACAGCGUGUCGAACAGCCUCCUUCCCGGUCUGGGGAGGCUAUUAUGGUGGUAGUAGUAGUAGUGAUGGUGGCGAUGGUGAUGGUGGUGGUGGGGGUGAGGUGGAGGAGAAGGAGGAGGAGGAGGAGGAAUGGUUGUCCACAUAG